GAUUAGGGAGUAAGGCAGACGAGAAUGUGCGAUCCGGGAGAUUAGGACGUGUCCGGGCGAUGCUAGACUAUUCGACGGUGCCGGCGCACUUAACCGGACUUUCCGGGCUAAUGGAUUAAGCGAAACUUUUAGAAGUUUGCGGAUUAUUGAAAAAAAAAGAAGAAAAUGAUGAAGAAUUUUGCUUUGUAUCUUCUGUUUUUCUUAGCUUUGCUCAAAGAUUGUUUACCAGUUCGCUUCGCUUACCUAGGAGUACCUGGUUUUGUACUUAAAGGAGAUUCUGUUUGGUUAGAUUGCGGCUAUGACCUUGAAGGAAAUGAACUUUAUUCUGUAAAAUGGUAUAAAGAUAAUGUCGAGUUUUAUAGAUAUCUACCUAGUGACAAACCUUCCGCCCAAAGAUAUACUUUAGAAGGAGUCUUUAUUGAUAUGCAUAGAUCUAAUGCAACUCACGCUUUUCUAACAACCAGUGAAAUGCAAACAGAAGGCGUCUAUGGGUGUGAAGUUUCUACAGAAACACCACAGUUCAGAACAAUCAAAGCGGAGAAAGAGCUAUAUGUUUAUGUUAUACCAGAAGGUGAUCCUGUAAUUUAUGGAAUAAUGAACAGGUAUCCCAUUGGAUCGGCAGUAAAUGUGACAUGUGUAUUUGGGCCCUCGAAGCCAGCAGCUGAAUUAACUUGGUACAUCAAUGGAGAUAAGGCGCCACAUGCUUAUGUUAGACAUAGACAAGCAGAACUUUUUCCCAAUGACCUCGAAACUACGGAAUCCAGACUUUUCUUCGUUGUGGAUCCGAGCCAUCUUCGACAAGGAACUCUAAGUCUUCAAUGUAUAGCUUCUGUUUCACUUGUGCAUUCGAAGAGCAGUAUAGAGCUCAUUGUUACAGAUGGUCUCUCCGGAGCUGAAUUUCAACAUGUUCCUCACGUUCCUCCCGGUCUAGAUGGUCCAAGUAUUACAGGAAGCAAUCCUCGGUAUUACGUGGGUGACACAGUUGAUGUGAAUUGCUCGUCAGCGAGAUCAUCGGAACCUGCGCAACUACAAUGGUUCGUCAAUGAUAAUGAAGUAAAGCCAGAAUUUCUCUCACCAUAUGUUCCGACUGUAUAUCCAGAUGGUUUGUCUUCUACAAAGCUUGGGCUUCGAUUUCGUGUUCAAGAAGACCAUUUCAGAAGUGAAGAAAUGCGAUUAAAAUGCACAGCAACGUUGGCAAAAGUUGUUAAAAUGAUGACGGUAGAGACAAUCCCCGUGGGGCCACAGAGAACUUCUGGAUUCCACGUUUUAUCUAAUUCUGCAGCAGAUUGGGACAUGAUGCUGAGUUUAUCGGUGAAGAGUGUGGCAAUCUUCACCACUUUCUUUCUUGCAUAUUUCAGCUGACCAUUAUUUAUGACGCAUUAUGAUACUGACGCAUCGUGUCUCAAAGUGACUCAAGCCAAAGUGUUGAUAGCUUGAGAUGGCGCAUCAUAUUUGCUGACUGUAAAUAGCUUAGUGUUUUCUUUCAAAGGACCCAAAAGACUAAUCAGCGAAGGACAAAUCUUGUAAAUUCGAGAUGGAAAAGACUGGAUGGAGAUAAAUUUAAAGAAAAAAAAAUAAAACUGGCAUUUUCGUUAUAUAUUAUUUAACAUUCCAUGCGAUUUUUUUUCUUUGCGUAUAAAAAAAAAUCUGGAAAUAUUGUUGUUGUAUGUAAUUUCUGUCUGUAUUCUGCACCCAUUACAUAAAACGUAUUUUGAACUUUCAA